AUGCAGGGCUGCAUUGUGGCGACCCUGGGACAGCUUCUGGAAAUUUCGGAGGGGAUACCGCCCACCGGGCCCGUGUAUAUCUUCGCUGAUGUGCGGGACGUGGCGGAGGCGCAUGUGCGCGCCAUCGAGGUUGUCGAGGACGGUGGGCGGCGGUUUUUCACGGUUGGCGGGUUCUUUUCGAAUAAGCGGAUUGCGGAUGUUAUAAGGGAGGUGUGUCCGGAUGCUGAGGGGGGGUUGCCGAGGGAUAUGCCGGAUGAUUUUCACGCUGAUGUGUAUGGGUGGGAUAACUCCAAGUCCCGGGAGGUUUUGGGGCUGGAGUAUCGGGAUUUGAAGACUUGUGUGAGGGAUACGGUGCAGUCGCUUAUGCGGUUGCUAGAAUGA